AUGACGAGCAUGGAUGCUGAAGAAGAAUACGAUGAGCUAGACGAUCUGCUUGACGAGGACCCCAGUAAACUGGAAGCCGAUUCAACGCCAGAAGGGUCGUCAGCGGACGCUGGGAAGCAGGCAAAUGCAGUUGAAGAACUGGAUGAUCCCGAGGUGAAAGAGAUGAUGGACGAUUUGCAGAAGGAGUUCUCGAAUCUGAUGAAGGACGGUGGUAUGAAGGAGCAAGAGAAAGCCGAACAGGCUGCAAACUUCCAGAAGAUCCUCGGAAUGCUGGGAGACGCUAGCAAGACGACUGCCAAGUCUGAUGGCGGCUCUAAAGAGCCGCAAGGCUUCAAAAAUGUUGUUUCCAAGACGCUGGAGAGGCUGAAAGAGAACGGCAGUAAAGUGGAUUCCAACCUGGCCAAGGAAGAGAAACAAAAGAACACGGACGACGUACUGUCGCAGCUCCUCGAUCAACUUGUGGAGUCCGGCAACGUCGGCGGCGGCCAGGACGGCGAGGAGGGUGUAGACAACGCCAUCCUGCAGAUCCUCAACCAGAUGUCUUCGAAGGAAGUUCUCUACCAGCCGAUGAAGGAGAUGCACGCAGAGUUCAUCCAGUGGCUGCAGGACCACUCCGAAGACGAGGAGCAUAGCGAGAAGAUCGACACAUACAAGAAGCAAUACCAUCUCGUCGGCCAAAUCAUUGCAGUGUUCGAGGGCGACUCUUACACGAACGAAGCCAACAGAGAGGAGAUAACUGAUCUCCUGGACCAGCUGGAGCAGCUCGGCGACUCCCCGGUCAGCAAGGGCUUCAACAACGCGAAUGGAGGCAACGAACUGGAUGACCUCGCCAAGAUGUUGGAGAUCGACGGAGACGACAAAAACCUCGGAAAUCUCGACAAGGAAUUACAGGACACUUGCAAACAGCAAUAG